CUCCGUCUCAUCUCAGAGAAUGACGUUACGCUCUAACUAUGGCGGCCGCCGCUCUAUGGUACUCGGGAGGACUGAUUCACUUUACGACUCUUGCUGCCGGAGUACGGCACUUACUAGUUCCUUAUUCACUUCACGUUCAACAUGGCGUCGGGCAGCGGGACUAAAAACCUGGACUUCCGUCGGAAGUGGGAUAAAGAUGAAUAUGAGAAACUUGCAGAGAAACGGCUCACGGAAGAGAGAGAGAAGAAAGAUGGCAAACCAGUUCAGCCUGUCAAGAGGGAACUUCUGCGGCACCGAGACUAUAAAGUGGAUCUGGAAUCCAAGCUGGGGAAAACCAUUGUCAUCACCAAAACUACCCCUCAGUCAGAGAUGGGAGGAUAUUACUGUAAUGUAUGUGACUGUGUGGUGAAAGACUCCAUCAACUUCUUGGAUCAUAUCAAUGGCAAAAAGCAUCAGAGGAAUCUGGGCAUGUCCAUGAGGGUGGAGCGCUCCACACUUGAUCAAGUGAAGAAACGCUUUGAAGUGAACAAGAAGAAAAUGGAGGAGAAACAAAAAGAUUAUGACUUUGAGGAGAGGAUGAAGGAACUCAGAGAGGAGGAGGAAAAGGCCAAAGCCUAUAAGAAGGAAAAACAGAGAGAGAAGAAGAGGAGGGCAGAGGAAGACUUGACAUUUGAAGAGGAUGAUGAAAUGGCAGCCGUGAUGGGUUUCUCUGGCUUUGGCUCUACCAAGAAGACUCACUGAUCAGCUCUGGACUUUCCCCUUUCAUGAUAAAGAUUGUUUAUACCCCCAGGACUCUGGAAAACUCUUUAAAGACUUGACAGAGAAUUUGUAUGUAAUUCUCCCACUAGACGUUGGCUGGAGGAGUUGGGAAGCAAUUCCACGCUCAACCUGUGCUGCAGAACAAGCUCUGUCCCCAGUCAUUAGUGCCCUACUGCCUGCAGAGAUACCAUAACCUUAGCCUUGCUGGCAAACCUCCAAAUUCCAAAUAAAGAGACCUUUCAAUUAGCCUCUUCUCCACAAACUCCCCCUGUCCCAUCCUGCAGUAAAUUCUGUGGAGUUCUCAUGGUUUCUGUCUUUGAUUCUUUUCAUCUUUUGUGAGGAGUCUGCAAGCUGAAUGUUUCUUCUGGAAACCCCAUUGGCCUUUAGCCACCUCAUCCUUUGUACUAGUCCUGGCUGCUUGUCACUCUGUGUUCUGUGGCCUUGUGUGUGUGCGGGGAAACAUUCUGUUGGGUACCUUUUAAUGUUAAACUAAUAAAAUUCUGUACAGAUGGUAUGGUUCAGGAAUUGCUUGUCCAGCUGAGAAAUGGGUUUACUUUUUGUUUGCUUAAAAUACAGAGAAUUCUUUACAUUUUUUUAGAUGUGUAACUAAAGGAAUUACACUGUAAUGAGUGUUAAAUAUGGAUGGUAUAGGUUGAAUUUUUAUUUCUUUUGUUGAGAAGAGCUUGAGGCUUUUUGGACACUGCGUUUGCUGAAACUUCUUUUUGUAUUUUAUCUGCAAUGGACUCUUUUAUUUUCACUGUUUUUCCUUGUGUUCAGUGGUGUAAUCACAAUUUCUUUAGCGUAGGUAAGAAAUACCUUUCUGGGAUUUACCUAGGAUAGAGCUAAAGGGAAAACAGCAGAGAAAUAUGUGGAAUUUGCCUAAAAUAAAUAAUUUUUUGUUGGAAACUA